AUGUUUUUAUUUUUCUCCAUUAUUUCCAUUUCUUUUUCUAGUUAUUAAAUUCUCUAAUACAAACUUAAUUAUAAUUCUUAAUAUUUUAAUUUCCAAUCUUCACAAUAUUAUACAGAGGUAUUUCGAGAUUUCUAGUUCUUAGCAAGUUUACCCAUACUUUUUUUAUGACUACUAUCAUUCACCUUCACUAAUUUUUGGUCAAAGUUCAUACUAUUUUAAGGUGCAUUUUUUUCAUCCACUAUGCUAAUACCUACUUUAAAAUUAAAAUUCUCCUUUUAAUCCUUUUUACCAUAUAACAGUUACUUUGCCAAAAGCGGACUAUUUUCUUAUAUAUUUGCAGCAAUAAUUUAUCUGGGUGAUAAAGAAGCAGAUGAUCUUUAAAUACUUUUUGGUGCAUAAUAUGUAAUUUAUUUACUUUAAACUUUCUAAAUAAAGUACUUACACAAACCAUUUAGUGAUUAAAUUAGAUUAUUAGGUUUUGAUUAUUAAAGAGGAGUAGUUGGUAUUAAUUAUUUAGAUUUUGUUGUAUGACAAGAUUAUUAGGAUGAACGAGAUUCUGUUUAAAUAUUAUUUAUUGAAUUUGGUGCAACUCGCUUCAUUUGUAUUAUGGUCUGUUAUAAAAUUAAUAUUUAUUUUUUAAAUUUUAUAAAUAGAUAAGUAGUGCAUAGAUUAUCUUUAAUUCUUCAUCAAAAAUGUGAAGAUUAUAUUUUAAAGUUCAAUAACUGAAAUUUUAAUUGAUCUUAAAGAAUCUAGAUAAAAAGAAAAUAAAUAAAUCGAAGCCAAAAGACAUAAAGACAUAUUGAGAAUUUGGUUUAAGCGUUUACAUAUUUGUUAAAAUAUCAUCUCAACAUAACCUAAUUCAAAUAUGUUUUCAUUAAAAAUUUAUAUAUGA